CGGGGAGCCGGUCGGGUUCCCGCUCGCUGUCUCCGCCGCCGCCCCCCACAGUGCCUCUCCCGCCUCUCCACAGCGCGGGUCGUGGGAGCUGCAUCCUCCACUCAGUUCGCUGUGGACACUCCAGUUCGGGAUCAGCGAGCCUGCGACGCGACAUCCCGACACCCCCGUCACCUCCAGCCCGGGCGACCCCUCCCCGGCCGGGUCCGCCCUCGCCCUGUGCGGUGCCGGAGCCCCCUGGCCCUGAGCGUCCCGUGGGCCCGCUCCCGCACUCCGGCCUCGGCACUCCCACAGCCGCCGCCGCCCCCCACCCGGAACAUGGACUCCGACUCCUGCGCCGCCGCCUUCCACCCCGAGGAGUACUCCCCCACUUGUAAGAGGCGCCGGACUGUGGAAGACUUCAACAAAUUCUGCACCUUCGUCUUGGCAUAUGCGGGCUACAUCCCCUACCCAAAGGAGGAGCUCCCCCUGAGGAGCAGUCCCAGCCCCGCCAACAGCACUGCCGGGACCAUUGACAGCGACGGCUGGGACACUGGUUUCUCUGACAUCACGCCUUCAGUGCCCGACCGAUGCUUCAGCCACCUGCAGCCUUCCCUCUUGCAGAGAGCUAAGCCCAGUAACUACCUUCUGGACAGGAAGACAACUGACAAGCUGAAGAAGAAGAAGAGGAGGAAGCGCAGGGACAGCGACAUACCUGUGAAGGAGGGAUUCAGGGAGAGCCUGCUGAAGCUGGAAGCUGCAGACCCAUAUGUGGAGACUCCCUCAAGCCCCACCAUGCAGGAUAUUCCCCAGGCGUCUGCUGACCCCUGCUCAGGCUGGGACUCUGACACACCCUCAAGUGGCUCUUGUGCUACUGUGUCACCUGAUCAGGUCACAGAAAUAAAAACUGAAGGAAAACGGACUAUUGUCCGCCAGGGAAAGCAGGUGGUGUUCCGAGACGAAGACAGCACUGGCAAUGAUGAAGACAUCAUGGUGGACUCAGAUGAUGAUUCCUGGGACCUCGUCACCUGUUUCUGCAUGAAGCCCUUUGCCGGCCGCCCCAUGAUCGAGUGUAACGAGUGCCACACCUGGAUUCACCUGUCCUGUGCAAAGAUCCGCAAGUCCAAUGUCCCGGAAGUUUUUGUCUGCCAAAAGUGCCGGGACUCCAAGUUUGAUAUCCGUCGCUCCAACCGGUCCCGAAUGGGCUCCCGGAAGCUGUUUCUGGACUGAUCUGGAGCUGUGGAGGAGAUAGGCGGGACUGGAAGGGCCUGGGCUCUAGCCUCCCUUAGUUGAGCACAGAACUCACAGCUCUGGUGCAGGCAGACCCUGCCACUCAGGUGCCUAAGCAAAGGACAAGCCGUCCAGAUAGAACUGUACAUAGCUAGUGAGCAGAUCAAACCGUGAGAGCUGCUGCUCCAGCUAUGUUCUCUGCAUUGGAGGCAGACAGAGCACCAGGUCUGCUUCAGCUAACAGUGAGGGCACACAGUCAUUGUUAGCCAGUCGCCGCCAUUGGGAGCCGGUGCUAGCUGUCCUGUCUCCGCUGUGCUCGGGAGUGGAGGUGUUGUGUUUCCCUGGCUGUUUGUUCUCAGUGUUGCUCUUUUAUCACAAGUGUCUAUACAGCAGCCGUCCAAGUUGCCCGCCCUUUUGUGGUCUCACUUCCUUGCCUCAGUUGUACUUGCUGAGCUGCUGAGCUGUGGUCUGGUGUCCCCAAGAGGAGCCCUGGGUGGGGGGGCAGUGGUUCUUUGGGUUUUCACGGUUGGUUUAAAGGGACAAUGUGUAGCCGCCUUUCCACAGAGUGAGGGUUGGGGUGGAGGUGUUCUGUGUUCAUAACUCAGUUUCUUGUUUUGCACGAUGUAAAAAACAAAAAGCAUAUUUUUUUCCCCACAAUACAGCCCAAAGUAUUUGCCACUGUUACACUGGGUGUCCCAGCUCUGCUGGUGGUGCCCAGUCCAGUAACAGUCCACAGAAGACACUGUCCUUGGGCCCUGUGUGCUGUUCUUCAGAUAAUGGGUGAAAAGAAUGGGCAUUCUGCCUUCCAUACAGGUUCCUGGGGCAAGGCAAGGUCUGAGUGCUAGAGCACCAGCUUGCAGAGUUUCAGAGGUGUGAACCAGAGCCCUGGUCUGAGUGAGGGCUGGCUCAGCUCCUGGACACUGGUGGUCCUGGGGCAGAGGGAAAGGAGGAAGAGGGCGUUGGCUCUCAAACCAGCAUCUCCAGUGCUCAUUCUUUCUCCGUAGUGUUUCCUACCCAGUUGUCACGCGUAUUCUUUGUUAGCCUGAGACAGAGCAGAGUGGCCAGUGUGUCACCUUUCUUCCCCUUCCUGGAGUACCUUUGUAAGGUCACAGGCAUUCUCCCACAUUGUCUUAAGCACCAAAGGAGCUCAGAGUGUAGACUGUAACUUGGCAAAUCAGAGCCUUUUUUUAAAAAAAAAAAUAAUAGCAUCUUUCUCACUCACCCAGUUUAACUUUCUUUCUUUUUUUAAAUCCUGUUGCUCAUAUUAAAGUAGAAGUACUGCUGAGCUCUGUAGAUUGUGCAGACCUCAAGGGGAGAGCUCUUCUAAAGAGAAGCUGUGAUAGAAACAGUCUUGCCCCCAGGCUAUUGUGUGGCUCUGAUGGGACAAAUACCCAGGACAAGUUAGAGGAAUUUGCCAAAGACCUGCCCCAUGACAGUUGUUGUCCAGUGUCUUCACCCUGAGAAUAACCAAAGUUGCAGUAGUUUUUUUUUCUUUUUAAGUGCAUUUAAGAAUAUGUGUGGUUUUGUUGUGGAACAGUGGAGCUGGCCAUUAUUACAUGUGCUCAGAGAUCAAUGCCUCUGGAAUACAUUUGACAUCUGUUUGUGUUUGCUUGCUUUGUUUUUAAGGGGAUCUUUCCCUGUGGGUGGUGUCAGAAUUUGGACACCUUGGUUUGGGGGUAGGUUGAGCUGGGCAGCUGCAAUCAGCUUGUUUAUGCAAACUGGGCGUGAGCCUCUCUGGGCUCCUGGUUGAUGGCUAAUGCUGGGAGGGAAGGGUCAGCCCCAAGUAGACCCUUCCCGUGGGCUUUGGCCAGGCCAGACACAACAUCGUUUACAUGUUCUGUGUAAUUAUAAAGUUUAUGUGUAUAAAGCAAGCUGUUUCUGUGAAACUGUAUAUUUUGUAAAUAAAGAUAUUGCUACUUUGA